AUCACAGGGCAUGAGCACAGGCACACCCAACGGUCACGGACCCAACCCCAACGGAAACACCAAACAACUCUCAGAGGAUACGCUGCUGCGCUUUAUGCUCGAGCUGCACGCUCGCUAUCAACAGUCCGAGUAUGAGGCGAAUGCCUCGGCUUCACUGACCGCCAACAACCCUAAUAGUAACGGCCAUAUAGGAAGUAGUGUGGCGAUGCUGACUAACAAGGCUACAGGUAGUGGCGGGGGUUUUGCGGGUGGGGUCCUAUCUUCGGUCAGCCCUACGGGGGUGAGUAGUGCGAUUGAUCUGACCACGAAACAGGGCCAGGUCAAUCCAACCGGGAGUAUCACAGCCAACGGUUACACGACCUUCAUGCUGCACAUCAUGCAAGCCGAGGAGAAAGUGUUGGAGGUCGGACAGCCGGCGCUCCUAUCGCUGGCGCUGGUACAGCGCCUACCUACCACCGAGACCUACAACUUGCCAUCGCCCAAUCAGAAUCAAUUCGGAUUCGAUCCGGCCCAAAAUAGCGGGGCAGGGCUGACUGUCCUGCACCUGGCCGCGAGUUUUGGGUGGGCGGCGUCUGUGGAAAUUCUGCUGUCGGCCGGGGGGCCGUUUGUGAACCAGUUCGACGCUGUGGGCAACACGCCUGCGGAUUGGGCGAGUUUACAUGGCCACACCCAUUUAUUAGCCUGCUUGAUCUCGCGCGGCGGUCAGAACAAUACAGCGAAUAUCGGCCCGCCUGGAAGUGGGCAAAGGAACGAUAUGCAUGAGUCUGACACACUUUCAAGCGUACUGCACGGCAUGACCUUUUCAGGAAACUCGACCAGACUCGACCACUGCCAGUUGUUGAAGUGCGAUGCUUUCGGCAACACUGUUUCCGACACAGGACAUGAGCUUAUCGCAGCAGGGGCGGGUUGAUUGUCAGGCAUUACACGAUAUAUUAUAUACACCAAUUAUGGGCUGAAACCAGCCCCUCGACAUAAACGAUGUGCACUUGUAGGCUAGAACAUACCACUUCCAAUAAUCUGGGUCACGGGCGAGGCACGUCACGAUACACACACCACCGAUGAGAGCUUAGAGCAGUAUCUCAGACUGACUCAUUGAAGUGCAAUGAUCCGGGCUGGAGCUCAACACUCGUAAUGAAUCAUAUGUGCCUGCUGUUAGAUACCUGCAUGCAUCAGCCUGGGUGGUUACUAAAACCAUUCGCUGGGGACUUCACGAGUGUACAUAAUAUUCAGUAGAAUAACCCAAAGCAACAGCAGACCACUGGUCUAAAGGUAGAUGACCGCCCCUGAUGCAGAGCUCGUGCUGCUCAAAGUAAAACAAUUGACGAGAAAAGGCACAUAUACAAAACAGUACAAUCUGGCUCGCUGGCGAUGUCAUCGAUUGUAUUUGGCUGGGGAGGCGCUGCUUAGCUAUCCGUUCAUCUGAGAGCUAGUUUAGACACGGUUUAGUAGCUGUAAGCAUGUGUGAGACUGGUAGUUCUAGUUGAGUACUCGUACGCUUGAACGAGUGGUAAAGUCGAUCUUGCACCUACUUUAUGUACCGAGAAGCAGUUCCCUCUCACACGUGCUCUGGUUCAGUAGUGACCACAAAAAUAUGCCGUGAGUGUCAUAGUUAGUCAGUAGUAAUGAUUACCUGCUGAAGUGUAUGCCGGUGGUAUAUUCGAAAAGGCCAGCAUUGUGGCAUAUGUAUAUCAUGUGCUAUUGUAGCUAUGUCUUAGGGUUAUUACAGCGGCCUUUAUUGAGGGUACCAAAUCCUUAUCAAAGUCGGCUGGCCGAAAACGGAUGCCGUACGGUAAAACUCUGCGAGCCAGCAGGUGCCAACCUCAUCCCAGAUAUAUCUCACGAAGCAGAUGAGAAAUAUUUUAUCUCAAUUCUCGAUGAAUCUCGAGCCAGCCCUCCGAUAUAUUCAUGUAGUGCAUUUGCAAUGUACAUUAAUAAAAGUAUGUAUUAUCAUGUGUAAUAUGAUCAGCUAGUUUCUCUCAUCCCACGAAUAUUGGUUCGGUCUCACAAAUAAAAUCAAAAAUUUGUCCUUAUUUCAUAACGUAUUUUUUUUCUCCCAAUUUAAUGAGUUCUGGAUGCAUUCUAAUUGCAUAUCAGCUCAAGCUUGAAUAAUAUAUAUAUAGAUAUAUAUAUAUAUAUAUAUAUG